UCAGUUUGCCACUUAAAAAUAGUCAUAGAAGUGUUAUCGCACAUGAGUAAUUGCAAAUUCGCUCGAAAUUGAGUAUCGUCUGCCCACCAACUGCUUAACUGUACAACAAUACUCGUAUGCCUACGAGGUAGGCUCGCAAACUAGCAGCAACAACAAAAUAUUAAAACAGCAAGAACUUUAAUUAUAAGUAGAUAUAAGCAUGCAUGUUAUAUACAUAUGGAUGUGUAUGUUUGUUUAUUUAACUUAUACGAUAUUUUGUAGACUUGAGCUGCGCUCAGAAUUAAGCGCUCAACGCUGCUCACAAUCAGUAACGAAUUGGCCACCGCCUAAGCUGUUUGUGACAGUUGUAUCGUCUACUUAUACUUACGGUUUAUUUUUUAACAUAAGCACACACACACACAGAUGUGUAUAUACGUGUUGCGAGUUUAACGCACAGUUAAUUGAAGCAUACUUCAGUGUCACCAGCAAUUGUGUUUCAAGUGUAUCGCAGAGAGGUCCUACCGCGGCCAACCACUGUGAACUUACAAGACGUGGCUUAGGCUUUGAUCUUUGCGCUGCAUAAUUUAUCAAUGUAUAAAUUAUGUUUUGAAACUAGUUUUCGUCGCGUUUCAUUGUGUUUUCGAGCAGUUUGGUGUAAAUUCGAAAAAAAAAAUAAAAAAUAAAUAUCUGAAUUUAGUGGUUUUGUGUUUGCUAAUAUUUCUUGUUUAUGUUUUGUUGGUGUUUUAUGUGUUUUAAAACGUUUCUGCCCAACAGUUGAAAAAGUUAAUGAUCAUUUCGAUGGUUUUAAAUAAAGCAUAUGAUGUCAUAUACAUAAAUGUGCUGAUACAUUUCGACAGUCAUAAUCGCAAUUAAUAUUUAUUUUUUAUUUUUUAUAUUCUUCACGCUUUUAAUAACAUUAAUCGUGCUGUGUACAUAGUGAGUGUAUAAAACAACAAUUGAAAAAAAAUUAAGAAAAAAUAAAAAUAUUUUUCAACAUUUAAUUUUUGCGCACUUAAACUGCAUCGCAAAAUAUUAUUUUCAAAAUCAAAACAUUAUAAAGCCAAAUAACGUGUCAAUUACUGAUAAGCCGCUGUCUAAUCUCGAUUCGUCGGAUUUCUGUGUUAUAUAUGUACAUAUUUGGAUUUUUUUGCAAAGUUCAUUAGUGAAGUGUAGAAUCCUAUAAAUUAAUUUUAAUUAUGACUGCAGCAAUGAUUUCACUGCCGAAUUGUCAGAAAAUUAUACGCUUACGUUCGUUGAAUGCGAAGACGGAUCCAGCCGCAUUGGCGCGUGAAGUCGUGGACAAAUGUGAUCUCAUACACAAAUCCCAAUUGGCGGAUGUGGAACAGAUAAUAUUCUAUCUGAAGAAUCGCAAAGACAAUGCUGGUGCAGACAUCGCCGACAAUAACAGUCACCAUCGGUCGGCUGUAUCCGGCAAGCGUACACCGGCCUCAAAAGUGAAUCCAACCUCUGCUGCGCUUUCACCCGCUAAAACACCAGCCAGCAAUGCCGAUGUCUCCAUCAAUAAUAUUGAUGAAUAUGUUGAGUUGCUGUAUGAGGACCUGAGUGAACGAAUACGUGGUUCAGCAAUGAUUUUGCAAGUGGCACGCAAUCCAGAUAAUCUGGAAGAGCUGGAGAAAAAUGAGGCUUGUCUGAGCGCUUUAUCGCGUGUAUUGCGUGAGGAUUGGCGCAAGAGUCUAGAUCUAUCCACAAAUAUAAUAUAUAUAUUUUUCUGUUUCUCGACUUAUACGAAAUUUCAUCCUGUUAUUGUGCAAUAUAAGAUUGGUUCCCUCUGCAUGGACGUCAUAGACUAUGAGCUGCGACGUUAUGAAACAAUGCGCAAUGAGUUGGACGUGAGAAAGAAUCCUGUUACCUCUGCACCACUUUCAGCUAAAUCUAGCAAAGAGAAACUGAAUCGCAGCACUGAUGAUUUCCUCGAUAUAAUGAAUGAGGAAAAACCGAAAGAGAUGGAACCACCUCGUCGUCGCAUACCCGAACUAAAACAACGUCCCAAAUCUGGAAAUUGGUCAAGUUUCCAUGGUUCAAUGACUUCCUCAUUGAUGAAGAGUCAAGUACUCAACAGCAGCUACCACGAGGCGCUUUCCACCGGUGCUGCCACACCAGACUCGGGUGUAUCAGUGAACGGCGACAUGAAAGCGACCAGCAAUGAGGCACUCGAUCGUAACGAUCCCAAAGUAAAGAAAGAAGAGAUCGAUCGUCUGAAUAAACAGUUGAAGGUAUUCGCUAAGAAACAAGAGCAGCUACUGCGUGUCGCUUUCUAUUUGCUACUCAAUAUGGCUGAGAAUAUUAAGUUGGAGGAAAAGAUGCGACGCAAGCACAUCGUGAAGAUGCUCGUUAAAACAUUGGAUCGACAAAAUAUCGAUCUGCUAAUGUUGGUGACAACAUUUCUGAAAAAGUUAUCUAUCGUACGUGACAAUAAAGAUGAUAUGGGCGAGUUCAAUAUCAUUGCCAAAUUGCCACGCCUAUUCCAAAGUGGUCAUACCGAUUUGGCGCAGGUGACACUGAAACUGGUAUUUAAUUUAUCAUUCGACGGGGUAUUGCGACGAAAAAUGGUCGGUGCUGGUUACCUGCCAAAGCUGGUGAUGUUCAUCAAUGACGAGAAACAUCACGGCAUCGCAAUGAAGAUACUCUAUCACAUGAGCUUAGAUGAUUGGGUUAAAGGUCUAUUCACACACACUGAGUGUGUUCAAAUGGCCACCGAUGCCAUAAUACUCAAUCUGAAUAGCAAAGUUGAUCUCGAUCUCAUCGCACUCUGCAUUAAUCUCUCGCUGAACAAACGUAAUGCACAAAUCAUGGUGGAAGGCAAUCGGCUGCAUGAUCUAAUGGAUCGCGCUUUCAAAUACCAGGAUUCACUGCUAAUGAAAUUGCUGCGUAACCUCUCACAACACGAAAUGUUACAACCAAAAUUUAUUGACUAUGUCGGCGAUUUGGCGCGUAUACUCACGAUUUGUGACGAUGAAUCAUUUGUGGUGGAGUGUCUUGGUAUACUCGGCAAUCUCUCAUUAGCCGAUUUGGAUUAUUCACAGAUACUGCAGAACUUCCAACUAAUACCCUGGAUAAGGGAUGUGCUUGUGCCCGGUGCCAAAUUGGACGAUAUGGUACUCGAUACAAUUGUUUAUUUGGGUACCUGUGCGCAUGAUGAACUCUGCGCUUUGCUGUUCUGUCGCGCUAAAGUUGUGCUCUCGUUGAUCGAGCUGCUGAAGGCCAAACAAGAGGAUGACGAAAUUGUAUUACAGAUCAUUUUCGUAUUCCAACAGAUUUUACGACACGAGAGCACACGCGAAUAUAUGAUCAAAGAGACUGAAUCACCGGCGUAUCUGAUCGAUUUGAUGCACGAUAAGAAUGCGGAGAUACGAAAAGUCUGCGAUUAUUGCCUCGAUAUCAUCGCCAUCAGUGACACGGAGUGGGCUAAACGGAUCAAGCUGGAAAAGUUCCGCAAUCACAAUUCGCAAUGGCUUUGUAUGGUCGAAUCGCAGCAAGAUCAAGACAAUGAACAAGACUAUGCUGAAAAUGAUGAGAACGAAAACGAACUCGACACCUAUUUACGCAACGAUUAUUUGGACAACUGCGAUCUGUAUAAUAGUAGCAAUACGAAUAAGGAGAGUGAGGACAAUGAAAGCAACAAUAGCAACAAUCCAGCCAGCCCUGCAUUGUCUACGUAUAGUCGCCCAGUGAGCAGCUACCGGCGCAGUGAGGACCUCGAUGAUCUCUUCAAUAUGACUUCGAGUUCGAAAUCGCAAACAUCCAGUCAAGGCGAUAGCAACUAUAUGUUUAAAUCGAACAAAUCGCUGGAUGUUGAGGGACUGCACGAGGAGUUGUUGAUGGCCUAAAAUGCAACACAAUGCACAACAACAACAACAACAAAUGUAAAGGCAAACAUUUCAUAUGCUAUUAGCAAUUACAUACAUAUAUGUAUACAUAUGUAUUUUGGCUAAUAAUAAUCUGUAGAUUCGUGUAUACAUGUGUUGUCUGUGGCUGUCCAAAUCGUAGCAAGGAUCGUGUCACGACCUACCAACCUAUUUAGAACGAAAUAAAACUACACACACACCCACAUGCAUACAUAUAUGUAUAUGCAUGCGUGUGUUUAUUUAUAUAUAUAAGCUGCAUUUACAUACAAACCGUAUGUUUAACCCUUGAAGAACAAAAUCGACUCUCGACUAUAUGCAUACAAGCAGUUGUCAUUUGUAGUGGAAAAUGAAGGAAAAAGCUGUUGUGAACCAGCAAUUUUAAUUAGUGCAAUAAUAUUUAAUUGAAAUUGUAUUUUAUUGAAGCCUCAUACAGACACGCUUGCUAUAACUUAUAACUGUAAAGAAAAAUCGAUUGGCUUGCUAAUGCUUAAAAUGAUGUAGAUUGCAUCGAAGAGAGAAUGUCGUCUUAAGAAAAACUAUAUUCCGCACGCACACUAGUUAUUUUAUGUAGUUUAAUUUUAAUUUAAUUCUAUAAACUUACGCGAAAUAUUUAAUAUUAUAUUUAUGUAGCGAAAUACGAAGUAAAUGUACGAAACAGCCAAACAAACAAAGAAUUGAAAUCCCAAAAAACCGCUCAAAAGCAACCUUGAAUAACGGUUAAUGAAAGCAUAUAAGACAAAUUUUCAUUGCAAUUCAACGAAGCUAGUCCUCUUAAAUGUUUAAGUUAACUGUUUAUGUUUUUAAUUUUAGUUUUACAUAUAUUUUUACAGUUAUUUGUAUUUGUAUUUGUAAUUGUAUGUGUAUGAAUUGUUAAUGAAUUUUUUUAGCCGAAUUUUAAACCAAAAGGCAAUUUUAAGAACUUUAAACUGUUUGUGUAUUGUAGAGUUUCUGAAUGUGAUAUGUAUUUAAUUUGUCUACAACAUAACUGUAAACAGAUUAUUGUUCACGAGAGUUAUUAAGGCUAUUUUAAUAAUAAUAAAUUAAAAAAAAAACGAUAUUUUCAAUAAUUUAAAAAAUAUUAUUUUCAAAAAAAUAAAAAUGAUUUAGUUGUACCGUUAUUUUGUGCUAAUUUUUUUACAACUGUUAUUUGUUUAUAAGAAUCAAUAAAUGCUGCAAAAUUUAUUUUUAAAAAUUAUUUUUUAUAUUUUUAGAAAGAUACAGUUAUUAGAAAUGCAAAUAACGGUAUUUUCCUAAAAAUAUAAAAAAAAAAUUCUUUCGAAUAAUUAUUAUUUUUCACUGUGAAGUUUAAAAAAAAUAUAUUUUUUAAGUAAUGCGAGCUUUUUUUCUAUUUUUCAAUUUGUUUAUUUGUUUCUAAUUUGUUGAACAAGCGUAAAUAUAUAAAUAUUUGUUAAAGAAAAACCUAAAAUAUUUGUUGAAAGUUACAGGCAUUGUCUUAUAGUUUUGAAUUUCAAUUCGAACAAAACUUUUCGCAAUCGAAAGAAGAUUUCGAAACUUGAAUAUUGAUUCGAAAUUAUUUUCGAAAUCGAAAGAAAUUAAUGAUUCCUUUUUCGAUACUUGAAUAUUGAUUCGAAUUUUUUUUCGAAAUCGAAAGAAAUUAAUGAUUACCUUUUCGAUACUUGAAUAUUGAUUCGAAAUUUUUUCGAAAUCGAAAGAAAUUAAUGAUUACUUUUUCGAUACUUGAAUAUUGAUUCGAAAUUAUUUUCGAAAUCGAAAGAAAUUAAUGAUUACUUUUUCGAUACUUGAAUAUUGAUUCAAAUUUUUUUUUCGAAAUCGAGAGUAAUUAACGAUUACUUUUUCGAUGUCUAAAAUUUUAUUUGCUUUCGAAAACGACCAUUUCGAUGUUGAAAAAUAUAAAAUUUUUAAAAAUAAAAACAAAAAUUCUUUGAAAUUUAAAUGGCAUAAAAAUGUAACAAUCAAUUCAUGGCGUUAACGAAAAAAAUUUUUCGAACGAAAAACCUGAACAUAACUGGCCUAUAAGAAUGAACAAAAACACAGCAAGCAAAUAAUUUCUAUAAUAAAAAAAAAUUAUUAAGUAACGAAUAGAGAGCAACACACUUGUAUGCAAAAGUGUAGCAUUUCUUAAAAAAAUAGUAAAUUUCAUUGCGCGAUUUUUUUUUUCUAAUUUAACGGUUUAUUUUUCUAAGUCAAGCUCUCUUUAAAGUGUUCAUAUUUUAAAUAUUUUGAUAUUUUUAUAUACAGCAUAAAAAAUAUAUAUUUUAUUACAGUUUAUAUUAUUUUAAAAAUAUUUUUAAUUUUAAUCUUAAAUAUUUUUUUAUGUUUUUAAUUUUUUUUUUUUUUUGUUAUGUUAAAAGCCUUUAUUGUUAAAAAUGCCAUAUUUUAAGCAACUAACUGCUAAUGAAUUAUUUCAUACAGCCAAUAAGCUCACAUUUCCAACACAGCCAAAUACAUAUGUACUGAGAAUAUUAUUUAUGAUUUUUUUUUUUAAUAAUUCUUUCAACGCUUUCGGCUUAUACACAUAUACAUACAUUAAUCUGUAAAUCUUUUAAGCAAAUUAACUGCGUACAAAAUUGUAUAAAAAAUUAAACAAAACAAUAACAAAAAAGCUUUUUCAUGUGUAGCUUAUAAAAUAUAAAAAUAAAUUGUAUUGACUAUAUUGAAUUGAGAAAAAUAUAUAAAAUAUAAAAAAAACAAAACUCUCUAAAAUGUUGUAAAAUAUUGUGACUACUUUAAUGCAUAUAAAUACAAGCGUCAGUUCCGUCUUGUAGUUAGUAGUCUACCAGUUGGCACACUAGUGUAAACUCAAAAAUAUUUGAAUAGGGGUGAAAACUGAAAAAGACACUGUAUCAGCAGAAAAUAUGUGUAUAAAUUGGUAAAUUGUGGUAAAUUCGAAAGAAAAUGUGCAAAGUCACAGUUACUGUAUUUAAAGCUGACAUUUGAAAUUAGAGCAACUACCAAAAUUAUAAACGGGUACUGCAUAGAACCAUACCUACAACAACAUAAAUAAAAU